AUGUGUGGUGGGCCUUCCUCGUUGCAGAAGACAUUGUUUUGGAAGAUCGUUCGAGAAGGUGCCGAUGCGCCGGCGCUUGGGGUCGCCACAUCGUCCAUCAAAGACGUCAGCCCCAAACCGGCCAAGCAGGGCCCGAGAGUGGCUGCUGUGGAGUGGUUAGAUAUCCAGCUUGCGAACGUCUAUUUUCGCAAUUGGGCGAACGCUCGAAGGUGGAGGGAUUUGGACGUGAACGAGAAGGGCAUGCUCAGAAGGGGCAUCUUCUCGGUGCGGGUCCUCUCCGGCUUGGUUCGUGUUGGCUGGGUGGCGGAUGAGGCCUCUGCAGAUGAAGUGGGAACUGACGAGACUAGCUUUGGCUUCGGAGGGACAGGGAAGAAAUCCCAUGCCAACAUAUUUGAAUCUUAUGGUGACACUUUUGGAAGUGGCGAUGUGAUCGAGUCCCGCCUGGACCGCCGCAACGGUCUUCGCAUCGCAUUCGCACAGAACGGCCGUGACCUGGGCGUGGCCUUCGACGUCAAGGCGCAGCCUCCGCUCUUGAGACAGAGGUCAAUGAUGCCUGCUGUUUGUGGCAAGGGUUUUCAAGUGGAGAUCUGUCAUGCAGAUCCUGUGCCAGAGCCACCCUUGCAACGUUGCAAGUCGGAGGAGGAGAUGUCCACACCGCUUCGCUACUAUGCACUCCGCUGUAGCGCGGCCAAGCCGGCCAAGGAGAAGCAACCGAAGCCCAUGGCCAAAGAGCGACAGGCCCGCCCCGAAGCUGACAAUUUCGAGGCCAUGCUCGGUAGCUUUUUCGUAAAGCUGGAGAGAAAGGCCCAGCCCGAACAAGCUGUGGAACUCUGGCUCCGCUCGGCCUUUGCCCUUGCAAAGGAAACUCCGAGUCGGGAGGCCCAGGAGGCCCAGGAGGCUCAAAGGGACGGCUCCCAGAUCCGCAAGGUCCAGCGUAAGGUGGCCUUGCCAUCCGGCCCCACCUUUACCAUCAUCGAUUCCCAGCCAGCCAGCAGGGCCAACGCAGACCGGGCCUUCUCUCAGAAUCUGGCCCUCUGGGAACACCUGCCACGGGGCCACGCUGAGGUGCGCGGGGACACCGGCAGCCUGCUUUGUGAGCUCGCGGCCAUGCGGAAGUUCGGGAGCUCAGAGGAGAAGUUCGGGCCGUUGGCCCGGGAGGCCGGUGGUGCCCGCCGCUGCGCCCUCUCCUGGCUUCCCGCAUCCGUGAAGAGCUUGAAGACCGAGCAUCUGAGCCUGGCCAUGGUGUUCACCACAAAGGAGAACGGAGAGAUGUGCAAAGCAUCUUUCUUCUUCCAUGGUGAUGUGCCCUACCUAGCUUUGGGAUCCAAGAACGUCACCUUGGUGGUCGUCGCCACGGACAAGAGCAAAGCCUUGGAAGACCUGUCUUCCUACACGGAGGAGCGGUUCCAGUUCGCCGUGGAGAUGGCCGAGGUCUUCCUCACCCAGCUGUUCAACUUGCACGAGGACCAGCGGACCACCAUGAUGCGUUUUGUUGUGGAGCACUCUGCUACCCUCUGCGGAGAGUCCAUCUCUCCGGUUCACCAGCACAUCCAAAGUUACCACAACUGUCAAGGGCAGAUUCAAGCCCACAUCCGCUUCUUCGCCGUGACUUCUCCCAGCUCCUUCCCGACCUCCGGCCUGACUUUACUUGACCCGCAAGAAGCAGCUCGCGUCUUCAGUGAGUGGGGACUCCAUCCUGUUGACAUGGACGAAGCUCCGGUCAGUGAUGCUCGGGCCAUCGAAGCACUGGAGCAGAAACACUUGUUUCUUCCAAACCGAGAAGGUGCCGUGGUCUACGUGGUGGUGCGUUCUUUGACGCCAUCUGGGGCCCAGACGCGCACUGCCCUGGUGUACAAGUGGAAGAACGCAUGGUAUGUCACCGUCCGGGCCCUCCGGGAGAAGUUCUGCCGGCGAGCCUCCGAAUCGCGCAUUCGCAGCCGUGUCCGACUGCUUCACGUGCACCAUCCGAAUGAGACCGAGAUCUUGGAGGACUACCUCUCCUUCUACCGGUGGGUGCUCCUCCUGCUUCCGCACAAGGGCUUUGCAGAGACCUUGUCUUCAUUCUGGGUAGACCUCAAGGCUGCAUACGACCAGUUCCGCCAGAGCCAAGGAGGCCGUGAGGCACUGGCACCUGCACUGCCUGAAAGCCUCACCGCAACAUUUCCCGUGGGCUGGCUGGCCUCAUUCCCGCAGCUCUUUGAACUCCUGCGUGCAGAGUUACCUGAAGAGCAGUGGGUGCCGGCUCUUUGCCGAGAUCGGCAGCUGCUGGAAAGCGAGGCCCCGGAGGUGUGGCUUCAGAAGGUCCGUCACCGCAGUUGCGUCCCAUCUGGAGCGCCGAUCGCAAGUGAACAGGCGCACGAGGAGGUGGCGCUGGUGGCCGUUCUCGUCCGUGGUCUCCAGGGAAGCGGGAAGUCCAGCCUCUGCCGUGGUCUGAGGGAAUUGUUGGGUGGCGACUGGGUGAACCAGGAUGAGGUGGCUGCCGUGGGGAAGAGGGGGAAGUCCCCGAAAGAGCAGUUCCUCCAGGUGCUCGCCGCUGCAGCGGCCCGUCCGAACAUGCGCUACCUCUUCAUAGACAAGAUCCAUACUCUGAAGCAGCACCGGGACGAAGUGGCAGCAGCGGUUCGCCAGGGCUUCCUGCAACGCGCAAUGCCAGAGGGACGGAUGGCGCUGGCUUUGUUAAACCUCUGCCAUCCAGAUGAUGACGAAGGCGACUUCUCCAACGCCUUGGACGUAUGCACGGGCCGCAUCUCAAGCCGGGGCCUAUCCCAUUUGUCUCUGGUUCCACAAGCCAGCGAUGCCGCUGCAGUGGUCAUGUCUGCAGGGGAGAACGCUGAAGUUCUGACGGAUGAAGAGAAAUGUGAGUUCGAUGUUUAUGUGGAUCUGGACAUGUGCCUCCCCCAGAAGGCCUUGCUUCAGAGCGCAUUGAGUAAACUCCGUGACGCGGGGCUCCUGCAAGACAAACUACAAGAGUCCUUCACUGAAGAUGUUUACCAGCACGCUGUCGAGGUGGCAAAGGCACACGAGGUGGAUCUUUCAAAGAGAUGGAAGACCCUCUACUGGAUGGUGGCAUUAGACUGGCAGAGCAUCUUGUGGGAGAAGGCGGUGGGAUCCUUCCAGGAGGUGCUCGCCGCUUCAAUGCAGUCGAUCCAAGUACAUGCACCCGGCGCACCCGGUUUGCAGCCAAUCAGCGAUCCUCAUGUGACCUUGUUUUGGCCCUCAACGGCUGGCACGGAAACCUCGUGCUUUCAGGAGCAGCUUGAGAAGGUCGAAGGCCGCGAGGUGAGCGUCACCGUCCAAGCACUGUGCUGGGACGAAAGUCUUGGACUCAUUGCGCUCAGGGUAUCCUUAGACGAGACUUGUGCGCACCUCUGCCAGAAUCUUCAUCCUCACAUCACUGUUGCAAGACUCCCGGGGGUGGCAGCCAAGCUCUCCAAUGACAUGCUCCUACGUCAAGCUGAAGGAGACACUUCGGUAAAACAGAUCCCUUUGCAGCCGUUCACGGUGACGGGCCUUGUGCAGCGGCAGCUCUCUGCCGAAUCCCUUGCUUUUGCAGCAGCUUCAGCGAGUGCCUUGCCCGAGGGCAAUCCAGUUUGUCAGCUCGGUUUGGCCGCGACUGCUGAGUCCGUGGACGUGUGGGCAACCUACGAUGCGUCGGCGCGGUUCCGCAGGAUCUCCCGCGCACUGGGCGCUUUGAUCUGCCCGGUGUCAGAGCCCCUGCUGCACUGCAAGGGUUGGCCGCCCAAGCUCCGUGGUAAGAUGUGGUUGACCUUCCACGAAAGGCCCCUGAGCAGUCAGAGCAUGCGAGCCUUGGAACAGUUGCAGAAGCAGAGCAUGUUUCAAACAUUGCACGUGGCGGUGGCAUACUUCCAAAUCUCAGAGGGCUUCCUGCGGAAAACUGUUGCGGAGAUGCAGCAGGAGCUCAGCCAUCGGCUGUCUGGGCGUGGCGCGGAGGCUUUGGAGCGUAGUCUCGAGGCUCUGGCGGCCUGGCAGGGCGUCUCCAUGGCAAAGCCCAGCUUCUACGUGCAGUGCAAAGCGGCUGGUUCCCAGGAGCAGACCGUGGCGCUGAGGCAGGCUGUGGCAGGCGCUGUGGCCGGCCUGGUCCAGUGGACACCAGAGCUGAAGGCGGUCGUCACGCUGUCCAUCCAGACCCGAGACGACUGGAUCCUGCUGGGCUUGGUCUUGCCAUCCCAAGGAGGCAAGGCGAAGGGUGCCAAGGACCACCCGAAGGAGGGGAAGGAGGGCAGGGACGGGAAGGAGGGCAAGGAGGGGGAGGAGGGCAGGGAGGGGAAGGCCUCCAGAGCCAAGCUCUAUCUGACCUCGGAAAUCGAGCCCCUGGUGGCCCUUGACAGUUCCGGCUCCACCAGGCACCAGAACUUGGAAUUGGAUGGUUCGCAUCUGGAGGGGGGUGGCCAGCUGCUUCGCAGCGCCGUGGCCUACGCCGCUGUGUUGAACAGAGGAGUGCGGGUUCGCAACGUGAGGGCAGGACGGAACCCUGCCGGCCUUAGGCCAUCGCACGUGGCCGCGGUGCAAGGAGUCAGUCAACUGGCUGGAGGCUCUUGCGAGGGAUUGACGGAGCGCAGCAUGGCCUUCAGCUUUGCCAAAGGGAAGGACACGGACAUCACCGAGCUGGUGGUUGAUGCAGGGACCGGGGGCUCCACAAUGCUGAUGCUACAGGCGUUGCUACCGGUGAUGCUGGCGAAGUCUGCUGCGCUGAAAAGCUCAGUGCAGGUCACUUUGCAAGGGGGUACCAACGUUUGCUCUCCCAAGGAUGGGAAAGUAACCGCGCCUCAGGUGGAGUACAUGCAGCUCGUGUUGUUCCCUAUGCUGCGACGCCUCUUCGCUGUGAGCUUGGAAAUGGAGGUCCACAAGAAGGGCUUCUUGAACGGAGGCGGUGAGGUUGUAGUCCGAGCUUCCGCCCCGCAUUGGCCGCUCCAGUGCAUGGAGCUCCUGGACUCCGGUGGCGUGCGAAGUGUCUCUGCUGCGGUGUACAGCUCUGCAGGGGUUCCGCGCAACGUGCUUGGCCGCAUGGUCGAGGGGAAUCUGAAGCGCCCUGCUGGUGCAGCGAUCCUGCUGAAGGAGCGCCUCCCGAACACCCAGGUGCACUGGCAUUCCCAGGAGUGCCCCUCCAACGGUGGCGAUGCCUGUGGCCUCGUGGUGUCUCUUGAGAUGGAAAUGGGCAGCUUCUUUGGAGGCGACUCGAUGGGCAGAAGAGGCACCUCGGCCGAGAGCGUAGGCGAGGAGGCGGUGCGGAAGGCUUUGGACUCCCUGGACAGCGGAGGCUGCACCGACGAGCAUUUAGAGGCACAUGGUUGGGCUAUGAUUGGAUAUGAGUAUGAGUCCUCGGAGGGUGCAUGUCCGGAAGGACCAACUUGUGAUUUUCAUGGCGUUGGCAAAGGGUACCUCGCGGCUGCGGCUGGGGAAAGCUACCCGCUGCUUGCACCUUCAGACUGCUUCUCGGCCCGAGUACAGGACAAAGCCAACCCCAUUUUAGAGAUUCACGGUGUGGGAGGUGCGCUGGAGGCUGGCACGUGA